AUGGCUUUGACAAAAUCAAAAGAAGAGCAGUCACAAAAAAUUGCUAGACGCACACGUAUUACGGACUAUCAGGAUGACAAUGAGAAAUUAGUUGAUGAUUUAGGUAAUGAUGAAAUUGAUGAUGACCUUGAUGAGAAUGAUAAUCAUGAGGAUGCUCCUAUUGUCACUGAUCAACUGAGUGAGUCCAUUCCUUCAAACAUAUAUGAUCCUCAAAUUUGGGAUAGUCUUGAUCCCAAAUGGAUUGAUUUAUUGGCAAAAAAAGGUCAUGCAAGAGAUCUAUCAAUUGAGAAAGGUCCUAAAGAUCAGUUUAAUAGGUGUUUUAAUGUAGCCUUUUACACUCGAUACUUAUCCAAUGGAGAGAAACAUGAUAGAGAUUGGCUAGUCUAUUCAAAGGAUGUUGAUAAAGUGUUCUGCUUUUGUUGUAAAUUGUUCAAGAAAGGGCCUCUCAAAGGUCAAUUAGCAAAUGAGGGCUACAAAGAUUGGACACAUCUCAAUGUGAGGCUUAAAGAGCAUGAAAACAGUUUUGAUCACAUCUUGAACAUGACCACUUGGAUUGAUUUACGUCGUAGAUUGCAGAAAAAUGAAACAAUUGACAAAGUUGUGCAAGACCAGAUCAAGAAAGAAAAAUAG